AAUUCUUGAUACGGCCAUCCGACAGUUAAAUCUCAAAACCUUAACCCUAAAUUCACAAAUAAAAACCUUAUAAGCCGUGUUUGACGAGAAGCCCUAUUUCUUAAUCCUCUACAACUGAUUGUGCUCUCUCUUUUUUUUUCUUUCCCGGGUUUAGAAAUUAGCUAAAACAAAAUUUGCAUGCUCAAAACCCUCGAUCUCUCUUUGCCAGCUACUUUGUUUUUGCUUUCACUCCUAACUGUGAAUAUAAACCGUAAAUUCUUUAGCUAAGCUGGAACCCUAACAACCGUCUUUGCUUCAGCUGUUGCGGUGCUGCCAGUAGCUCUCCUGCGUCGCACUGUUCUUAAUCAUCCAGCCAAUAAGUUCCCAGAUGGGUGUCAAACAAGACAAUGGUGAUCCUGAAAAGAUUUUGCCUCCCAUUGAGCAGGAUUUAUCGAAUGAAAUUGAUGCUAAGUUAAGGAAGUACCUUAGAGGAGAAGGUGCUAAUUUGGAGGUUUUAAAAGACAAAAAACUAAAAGGUCAGCUUUCUGUUAGAGAAGAAUUAUAUGGAAUAUCUGCUAAAGCUGCUGCCAAGGCAGAGGAGUGGCUUAUGCCAAGUGAGGGAGGCUAUCUUGAGGUUGAAGGUAUUGAGAAGCCAUGGAGGAUCAAUCAGCUCUCAAUUACUUCUGAAAUUAAUCUCUCAAGCUUAAAGAAUCAACAUGAUAUAAUUAUACCAGAUCUUGGUCCAUACACUUUGGAUUUCAACUCAAGUGGGCGGUACAUGGCUGUUGCUGGGCGCAGGGGACACCUGGCAGUUGUAGACAUGAAAAACAUGAGCCUAAUUAAGGAGAUUCAGGUCAGGGAAACAGUGCAUGAUAUUGUGUUUCUGCACAAUGAGCUUUUUUUUGCUGCUGCCCAGAAAAAGUACCCGUACAUAUAUAACAGGGAUGGCAUUGAACUUCACUGUUUAAAGGAACAUGGUUCAGUGUUGAGGCUUCAGUUUCUGAAAAACCAUUUUCUCCUGGCAUCAAUAAACAAAUUCGGGCAGCUCCACUAUCAAGAUGUGACAAUGGGUGAGAUGAUCGGUAAUAUACGGACGGGUUUAGGUCGUACUGAUGUGAUGCAGGUUAAUCCCUUCAAUGGGGUUGUUGGUUUGGGCCAUUCAGGAGGUACAGUGAGCAUGUGGAAACCCACCAGUGCAGUUCCGCUUGUCAAAAUGUUAUGUCAUCCUGGUCCUGUCUCGGCAAUGGCAUUCCACCCUAAUGGCCACAUCAUGGCUACGUCUGGCAAGGAAAGGAAAAUCAAGAUUUGGGACUUGAGGAAAUUUGAGGUUCUCCAAACCAUACCAGGCCAUGCAAAGGCCUUGGAUUUCAGUCAAAAGGGAUUACUGGCUGCUGGAAAUGGAUCAUUCGUUCAGAUUUUUGGAGAUCUCUCAGAAUCACAGAAUUAUAGCAGGUAUAUGGGCCAUUCAAUGGUGAAGGGUUACCAGAUUGGCAAAGUGUUGUUUAGACCAUAUGAAGAUGUUCUAGCCCUAGGGCACUCCAUGGGAUGGUCUUCAAUUCUUAUCCCAGGGUCUGGGGAACCCAACUUCGACACUUGGGUUGCAAACCCGUAUGAAACAUCUAAGCAGCGGAGAGAGAAGGAAGUUCGAUCUCUUCUCGACAAGCUCCCACCUGAGACAAUCAUGUUGAACCCUUCAAAGAUUGGUACAAUGAGGCCAGUAAAGAAGAAAGAGAAGCAAAGCAAGCAAGAAAUAGAAGCUGAGAUGGAAGCUGCUGUUGAAGCGGUAAAGGACAUUGCUUUUAAGAACAAAACAAAGGGGAGGAAUAAGGCGAGUAAGAAAGCAAAGAAGAAAAAGGAAGUUAUUGAGAGAGUGAAGAGACCUUUCUUGGAUAAAGAAAUGAAAGAUGAUGAAAAGCUGGCUAAGAAGCAGAAAAUUAGCGAGGAAAAUGCAUUGCCAAUGGCCUUGCAGAGAUUUGCCAGUAAAAAACCAACAGCUUGAUUGUGCUGAAUUUUGGUGUCCAUCUUCUCUCCCCCCAGUUUUGUCUUUCCCUUAUUUAAAUGGUAGGUAGGUAGUUAAUUGUUUCAGAAAUAUGUCCUGAAAUUUUGGUUAUUUCAUUUUAAAAAUAGUCACAAGAAAGUGUUAUUAUUUGCCCGA